GUUUCACAUUAAAAACUCAAAAACCAUUUUCUCUCCCUUUUCCCUUCACUAGAAAGACCAAACACAAGCUUGAAAGAUGAUGAAUGGUUUGAAAAGAACGUUUUGGACUUCCAAACAUAGAAAGACAGACGAUAGAGGAGUUGACGAUCGGGCAAAACCCACUUCAAUGUUCGGUUUUUUCUCUCACCCGUCUACUCCAAAGUCCGAGACCCGACCCGAUUCAGCUACCUCCACCCUUCGUUGCCACAGUUGGGCCGCUACUGCCGUUGCCACUCCCUCACCCUCUCUUCCCUCUAGUCCCAUUCUUCACUGCAGAACUUCCGGCUACGACGAAACUCCCAUAGCCGCCACUACCCCUCGCAGAAACAGAAGCCCUCUCUCUCUUCUCACCCUUUCUUCCCCUUCCUCCCCCAAAUCUCCCGCCAGCUUCUCUCUCCUUAAAGCAAAACUCUGUUUCACUAAAAGUAACGGCAGCAGAUGUGGGAUUUGCUUACAGAGCGCGAAAGCUGGGAGAGGAACGGCGAUAUUCACAGCGGAGUGUUCUCACACUUUUCAUUUCCCGUGUGUGGCCUCACGCGCGGGUGAUCUUAACCUCCUCGCCUCCUGCCCCGUUUGCGGCGCCUCAUGGACAACAGAGACAUCACUCGUCCCUCACUCUCCAGAAUUCUUAUCCGAGUCCAGGACCCGAGAACCACCGUCGUCCAAAAAGUCCUUGAGAGUCUACAACGACGACGAGCCUCUCGUCUCCUCUCCAAUCUCGCCUGCAUGUUUCAACACCAUACUCGAAUCUGAAGAAGAAGAAGAUGAUGAUGAUGAUGAUAACGGAGGUUUCAAAGGCUUCUUCGUUAACACGCCGUCACCGUUAACGUCAAAGAAACGGUUAACUGACUCUUCCGUUGACGUCAAACUGUCUUCGGAAGCGGCGGUUAUGGCCGUUGGAAGAGGCGGCAACGAGACGUACUCUGUGGUGAUGAAGAUCAAAUCUCCUCCUCCGCCGGCGCCUACGGCGCGGCGGAGACCUCCGGUGGAUUUGGUAACGGUUCUCGACGUCGGAGGAGGAAGCAAGGUCGAGACGGUGAGGCGAGCGAUGAGGCUGCUGAUUUCGUCUCUCCGGGAGAACGAUCGUUUGUCUAUGGUCUCGUUCUCGUCGAGCUCGAAGCGGUUAUCGCCUCUGCGGAGGAUGACGGCGAACGGGAGGAGAGUAGCUCGUCGGAUUCUCGACGAUAUCUCCGGCGAGGGGAUGAUGAUGAUGAUGAGCGUGAAGGAUGCGGUUAAGAAGGCGGCUAAAGUGAUCGAGGAUCGCCGGGAGAGGAAUCUGUUCGCAACCAUCUUUGUGUUAACGGACUCGGCCCAUCAGGCCCACUCGGAUUUCGUGUCGUCCACGCGCGUGUCAGAGAUCCCCACGCACACUCUUCACCUCGGCGCGUGUGUCGCGGAGGACGUGUUCGCCAAACGCAUCAGAGGCUUGUUGAGUGUAUCUGUACAGGAUCUCACUCUACACCUCGGGUUGGUUUCCGGGUCGGGUCAAGGAGAGAUUACUUCGGUUUAUUCACUGUCGGGUCGACCCCUUUGGCUUGGAUCCGGUCUCGUUCGGUUAGGUGACAUGUACGGGGGAGAAGAAAGAGAAUUGUUGGUGGAAGUAAAAUCAUCCGGUGGGUCCCACAGAGUCAUGACCGUCCGAUCUCGCCACGUGGAUCCAACGACUCAGGAGACAAGAGACUCGGAUGAUAGAGCGCUUCUGAUACCACGUCCCGUAGCCGUCAGAUCAUCAUCAUCCAACACGAACAUCGCACGGCUCAGAAACGUCCACGUCAGCACGCGAGCCGUGGCGGAGUCUCGGAGAAUGAUGGAAGCCGAUGAUUACUCGGGCGCUGAGCGGAUGCUGACGUCAGCUCGAGCCUUGCUGGUGCAAUACGGGUUGAGUUCAGGAGACGCGUGCUUGCGUGGGUUGGAGAGUGAGAUAGCGGAUUUGAACCGCGUGAGAGGUAGACACGUGGCGGUGAAGAGCCCAGACACUGUGGCUCAGAAGACUGAGCCGUUGACUCCAACUUCGGCUUGGAGGGCGGCUGAAAGAUUGGCUAAAGUGGCGAUCAUGAAGAAGCAUAUGAACAGAGUCAGUGACCUUCAUGGGUUUGAAAAUGCUAGAUUCUAGUCUCUUCUUCUGGUGUAUUGUUUCUGUUUUUUUUCUUUCUUUUAAGAUGAAGUUAUGUAAUGAAAUGAUACAAAGAAAUAGAAUGGUAAAAAAAAUGGUAUAUGAAACAUAUUGUUGAGUCUUGCC